AUGGCUGAGCCAGGUAACACUACAAUCACCAGCAUCAGCAGCACGGCAGCGACAUCAAAAUCGCACAAGGCCCAGGAACUGGCAACAUGCACCAUUAGAGCCCCUCCAUUCUCCUACGCCCAUCUCGAGGCCAUGCGCAAGAACUCGUUAGAAGCCCUGGAGCUCGACGCCAUACAGGUGCGCUCCUACUGCUCGGCGGCGCUGAAGCAGUUCCUGGGCGUGUCUGGCCAAGCCAUCUCCAUUGACAUCCUCAAGGUUGAGGGACCUAGUUGCUGGUUGAGGAUACCGCGCGAUGACUUGAGCGCAUUUGCAGCUGCCAUCACGGCAUGGCAGGGAACCUACGAGGGUGGCACUCACUCGACCUUGAGGGUCAGAGGAUGCUCGGAUUGGCUGGGCAGCUUGGUCGGAAGCGAAGGUGCUGAGCAACUUUGGAGAGGAUGA